UAGUUACGGUUUCCAAGUAACGGUAUAACAGUAAUUGACAAUUUUUUACUAAUUUUCAAAUCGGGAGCUAUAAAAUAUACACUGUUUUUUAUCGAAUAACGAGAAGAAGAUACGAUGUCGGAAUCUGCUAGAUCGGGGGCUGGGAAAUCUGAGCCGGAAUCUUCUAGAGCCUGUAUUUGUACGGACUCGAGUACGUCCGAGGAGUCUCUGCUGAGCCCGCACUGCGAGUGUCCUCGCGACGAGCUCGGCAUCGUCAUCCACGAGCCGGUCUGUCUUCUGUACAAGAGCGAGAAGAUCAUCUACCCUCAUGAUCCGGUGUGUGAAUGCAAGGCGCCGCCGUUCGAGGAUGGGGACUGCCACUGCUGCAAUUGCCCGAGGAACCAGUGCCGUUGCAACAAGUCUGGCAAGGAGGCCUUUGACGCAUGGCGCAACAAGCGAGAGAUCGGAGCGAUGCCUGCGGUACUGGAGUCCACGCACCCGCUCAUGCAGCGCUUCCAGGACACGCUCAAACAGUUCCUGCUCAAGGAGAACGCACUUGCCGAGGAGGAGAUACUCAACCUGCGCGAGGAACUAAGGCUGAGUAAACUGGGUUACGACAAGGACUUGGAGACCAUCUACAAAAACGACCAUGAUACCAACGGACAAAGGGUGCUGAUAGAAGAAUACGAAGCCACGUUAGCGCAGCGCACUUAUGAACGGGAAGCCGCAGAGAAGCGCGCUCGGGAGUCCAACGAGAAGUAUAAAGCAGCCAAGGAGAAGUUAAAUGAGGACAUUAUCAGAGAACGUGAAACGACAGAGGAAAUGGAAGCUUUGACAGCUCUCUGCAAUCAGCUAAAGGCGUGGCGCGACGAGACCGACUCCGAGCUGACUGUCAGCCACCGUAUGUCUGAUAAGAUGAGGGCGGAGAAAAAGGCGCUGGCUGCCGAGAAGAGAAGCCUGGACAUUUUUCUCUUCAAUCUCAACAAUGAAGUGUGGAAGUUGGAGUCGAAGUUGGAAAUGUUUCAGAAACAGCUCAGAAUCAAGAACUCGGAAAUGGAGCAAGUUAAUGACAGGGUUACAGCGUACGCAGCUGAGCUGGAAGAUUUAGACCUGGACAAGCGUCGCCUGAUGAGCCUGUGGAACUCCGUCAUCGUGAACAUCAACCAACGGGAUAAGGUCUAUGAUUCGGUCAGGGAUGAUUACAAAGUACUUCAAGAAAACUAUAGGACGUUGCUAAAUAGUCUGGAGAUUACUAAAAAAGUUGCAAUGGAGGAAAUGAAUAAAGGAAAGGAAAUCUCCAUGCAGAAAGAUAAGCUGCUCUACGAUAUUGAACAUGCAACUAAGUCACACGACGUUGAGGAUGCUAGGAGACAGAGCUUAGAAGCUCAGAUCAAUGAGCUGACUGAAUCAAUCGAUAUGACCGAGAGGGAUCAAGAAAUGAUACGCUCCGAAAAUCAAACAUUGAGCAACAUUUUGAAAACCACCAACAAGGAGUUGGACAGGAAAACGGAAUGCAAACUUAAGUUGGAGAAUGAGAUUCUGUUGAACCUGCAAGAAUGUCUGCUGAAUGAUAAGGCUGUGGAGUCCAUGGCCAACGGGAUCCGCAAGAUGAGAGAAAUGACCAGAAAACAGGAAAUUUCACUAAUGGCAAUGGAAAAUCAACAUGCUAAAAUAAUGCUCGACAUAGAAAUGCAACGAAACAAACAAGUUAAGAACGUGGCUGUUCUCGAGGAGAGCCUUGCCCGGGUGAAGGAGAAGGAAAAGGAGAUUGAUCAGCUGCAGAUAGACCUCGACCAGAAAAUGUCCGAGAUGACCAGGAAGCAGCGCGAGUUCGAUAUCAUCAUAAAGAAGUUCGUUGCUCUAAAGGAAAUAUUUGAUAUGAAGUCACCUCAAGAGCGUCGUAUCGAAGGCAUGGAGAAGCAGAUCAAGUGCUUGCGCGAGCGCACCGAGGUGUUGCAGCACGAGUGGCUCCGCCAGCAGGGCCACGUCGUCAAGCUGGCUGACCAGCACCAUAAGAUUGUCGUCGAAAUCAACCUUAUUUCCAAACAAAUCCAAAUAUGCGAGCAAAAAGUAAUGCGGAUUCAAGCGGAAUCGGAGAGUGUUCUACAGGAGAGGAAACGUGUGGACCGCUCUCUGCGCAUGUUGAGGGGGAAGCUUGAGGUGCUGGAGCGCACGCGCAAGGACGCUGAUGAGCGCAACCAAAUCGCGCACAGGACCAAUGCGGUCAUGUCGCAUGAAUACUCCGCUAGUCUCAAGGACGCUGAAACCGAAAUCAUUCAAUUGGAGGAAGAAAUAGAGGCUUUAGACAAAGAGAAGAUGAACCUCGCCCAAGAACUGGAUCGUGUACAAAGGGAAGCUCUCAUUUGGCAACGCAAGGGUAUAUUGGCCGUGGACCUGAAGAAAAGCAUUCAAGGAGCUAAGUCAUCACUGGGUGAUAUUGGACAGAUGAGGACUGAAAUACAUAGAAUGGAGGUACGUCGCGAACAACUCCGCCGUACAAGUGAGAAGCUAGCCGAAGACUUAGCUCUGUACGUGACGCGUCGAGACACUGCAAUAGACAAGACCAGAGCUGCGGCGGCCGUUGAGAAGUCGCACGCAUCUUCCGGCACGUCGCAGAGCAACUACCAUCAUAAGCUGAGACUUGCUAAGGCAGACGUCGCCAGGGUUACCAAGGAUAUAGCCGAAGCCAAGGCACACUUGGAACAGCUCGAGCAGGAGCAAGUGCGUCUGGACCGCGAAGUCUCGGAGACUACCACAAGGAACUCGCAGCUGGAGGAACACGUCGCCGACCUCAUCAAGGAGACGAAGGAGACUGAUCGAAUGAAGCACUGGCUCUUAGAGCGUGUAGUUCGAAGCCAGCGCCUCGGCAGCGAGCUGGCCAUCGCCAUCAAACGCCAGACUCUCCGCAUCAGGAAACCAAAAGAAACCGUCAUAGAAGAACACAACGACGCCAAAGGUCUGAACGACCGUCUCCGAUACAUAGUCGACGUUCUCGAAAAAGAGUACCCACACCUGGACCAUAAACUUGAAUCGAUUAAAAACACUUUGAACAUAUACUCGCCUACCGGGUCGCCGCGACUUAUCGAUGAGCGCGAUUUCGAUGUGUGCUUCCCUGAGAAAGAUACUGUCACACAUGAAUUAGAAUGUCAUUCUGAAAAAACUUCUUGAAAUGACGUAUCCGCGGUAGGUCAGUUUGUACCUAGUUCACAGCAGGUAAAUACGGAAGGUGAAUUGAAAUAAGCCCUCGAAAUCAAAUGACUAUUACUAUAAACUGGUAAAAUAAAAUAGAUUAUGAAGGAGCUGAGGGUGAAUUCUCUUUUUGUUAUCUCGUGUUGUAGCAAUUUGGGUACAGUACAGUACUAGUAGAUGCUUUCAAAGUCAAUUUUGACUACUUUUUAUUAUUUUCAAUUUAUUUACAAUGAGUUAAUAACGAUAAAUGUGUUUGUGUGUUAGUAUGUAUUUUAUUAAAUUGAAACU